AUGGAGAGAUCCAAGAAAAUGAACACAGAACAUCUAAUUGAUAACUCCUCAAUUUUGCAUUCAUUGCUCUUCUUCCUCAUAUUUUUUAUAGCUGACAGGGAAGAAGGAAUUGGUGUCUGUGGCUGGAUCCUCGUUUCCCUUUCAUUCCUCCUGGUGCUUAUUACCUUUCCUAUUUCCAUCUGGUCAUGUAUUAAGGUUGUCAGAGAAUAUGAACGUGCUGUUGUAUUUCGUCUGGGACGUAUACUGUCUAAGAAAGCAAAGGGACCAGGACUGAUCCUUGUACUUCCAUGUACAGAUACAUUUAUCAAGGUUGAUCUUAGGACGGUUACCUGUAAGAUUCCUCCACAAGAGAUUCUCACGAGAGAUGCUGUUACUGCCCAGGUGGAUGGCGUGGUGCGCUACAGGAUCCACAGCGCUGUCAGUGCAGUUGCCAACGUCACUGAUGUCCACUCUGCCACCUUGCUGCUGGCACAGACAACCCUGAGAAACGUUCUGGGUACACAGAGCUUGGCUCAGCUGCUGGCAGGUCGUGAGGCGAUUGCACACAGUAUCCAGGCUACCCUCGACUGUGCCACGGAGCAGUGGGGAGUCAAAGUGGCCCGCGUGGACAUCAAAGACAUCCGGAUCCCCAUGGCCAUGCAGAGGGCAAUAGCAGCUGAAGCAGAGGCUGCUCGAGAGACAAAAGCUAAGGUUGUGGCAGCUGAAGGAGAAAGGAAUGCUUCCAAAGCUCUCCAGAAGGCCUCCAUGGUGCUGACUGAGUCUCCAGCAGGUCUGCCACUGCGUUACCUGCAAACGUUAACAGCUGUGGCAGCACAGAAUAAUUCCAUUGUCUUCCCUCUCCCUAUAAAUAUGUUUGGGAAUUUGGGAAAGAAAAGUACUGGGGGAUAGAGACUGUUCUAUGCUUGCUCCUAGGCCAGAGAUAUUUAAAGCU